UCUUUGACUGUGAGCGUACCCAUUCACAUUGUUUCCUUCAAAAACUGCAAUAGACUGCCUGUCAUCAUGCGCCGCCCUGAGUCAAAGAGGGGCAAGUGGAAAGGACUGGUGAAGGGAUUUCACACAAAGGCAUUUGUUCAAACCUGCAGACGUCUUACCGAUGUCAAGUACCAAGAUUUCGUUGAUUUUACUUCAAACGUUGUUGGAUAUACAAAAAUACAGGCGCAUAAUGACUGGCAAGAGAUAAUUGCUAGCUUUCUUAACAGUGAACACGAAGGAGCAAUAAACUACGGAGUAGGACUAGAACGAGCGUGGGCAAAAAAAGCUUACGUUUAUAUCGACGAGGAACGCUGGGACGAAAAUGGAGAUCCAAGGCCCAUAGAAGAUGACGAUGAUGAUGACGAUGACGGUGAUGAUGACGAUGACGAUGACGAUCUUCAGCCGAUACCCGUCGAGUCGCCAUUUGGUGAUCUGAUUGCUCAGCUUUAUCGGCUAUACAACCAUAAUGUUCGGGCCGUUUCUGUUGUCCCUUCGUCAGCCUUGUCAGCCUUGUCCGGAACCACCAAAGAAUUACGCGACUAUGCAUCUACAAAUAUUUCUCGCUGGCGGGCAAUUUCCGAACUAGAAAGAAAGUCGACAAUGGUGGCACUUUCAGGGAUCUUGAAUACAAUGGAUAAUGAGAUGCGGCAUUUUAAAGAAUUUGAAGCGGCAAAAAAAGCUUGCUUCGAAGAAGAUUUUACAUUGCCAUCCGAUGACACAAAAUCCUUGAUAAAUGAUCUCCUUAACGCAAUGGGGCCCGACCGAGAUUACAAGAAGCUAAAGGUGUACUGUGCAGACCAGUUCAAGGAGUUUAUUGUCACCAAUGACGAAAAUAGUGAGCGUUCCAGAUGUAUUGAUGUGAUCCUUUACCUGUGUAAAAUAAUUUAUAAUUGUAUGUGGACAAGGGAACUUUUAGAAGACCAAUAUGUAGGCGUUUGGGAGAGCAUUUUUCACCUUUUGUUCGGUGAGAAAGACGUUGGGAUAAGAACGGGUGAGCCAGGUCUCAUUGAGAGCAAGCAGGACAGGCAGAAAGCUGAGUGGGAUUUUG